UAUUUCAUGUAUAGGAGGAGUGUGUGACAUGAGCUGCACGUAGGAACCACUUGUUCGUAGUAACUGUUUCCGGUCGGACUGUAUCGCGGCGGGACCGGAAACAUGGCGUUCAACUUCGGCGGCGCGUCCAGCAACGCGAGUGCGUUCGGGGGGUUCGGCUCCACCUCCUCCGCCGGCGCCGGCACCAACUUCAAUUUCUCCACGCCGUCAAACACAGGUGCCAGUCUCUUUGGAAACACUCAGAAUAAGGGCUUCGGCUUCUCGUCAGGUCUGGGCUCCAGCGCACCGGCGGGGAUGGGCUUCGGCGGCGCUCUGGGCAGCACUGGACUGGGCUUCGGAGGAUUCGGUGGGAUCCAGCCCGCUCAGAACCAACAAGGAGGCAUGUUUAACCAGCAGGCGUCUCAGUCCAGUCAGCUCUUUAACACAGCCAGCGCUCUCUCUGCUCCAUCGGUCCUCAACGACGAGCGCGACUCAAUUCUGGCCCGAUGGAACCAGCUGCAGGCCUUCUGGGGAGUAGGGAAGGGUUACUACAGCAGCAGCACACCGCCGGUGGAGUUCAGCCAGGAGAACCCCUUCUGCCGCUUCAAGGCGGUGGGCUACAGCUGUGUUCCGGAUGUGAAGGAUGAGGAUGGUUUAGUGGCUCUGGCUCUCAAUAAGAAGGAAGCUGACGUUCGCUCUCAGCAGCAGCAGCUGGUUGAAUCGAUGCACAAGGUUCUGGGAGGAAAUCCGACUCUUUCGGUCAACGUGGAGGGAGUGCGAGCAUUACCCGACGAUCAGGCGGAGAUGAUCAUUUAUCUGGUGGAGCGCUCUCCUAACGGCACGUCGAAGCGAGUCCCGGCGUCCACGCUCUACAGCUACAUGGAGCAGAUGAACGUGAAGUCUGUGCUGCAGCAGCUGGGUGUGAUCAUGGCGGUCAGUCGCACCGCACUGACCCCGGCGCAGCUCAAGCAGCUGCUGCAGAACCCGCCCGCAGGUGUGGAUCCCAUCAUCUGGGAACAGGCCAAAGUGGACAAUCCAGACCCAGAGAAGUUGAUUCCGGUCCCCAUGGUGGGCUUCAAAGAGCUGCACUCACACUCUCUCAUACACACACUCGCGAGCGCCGCAUGUCCUUCAGUACAGCACACACACUCUCUAUUCCCGUCUGUUCUUUCCUGUGUGUUCCAGGUGUUAAUUAAACAGGAAGUUCAGAGGAAGAGCGGUUACGCCAUUCAGCUGGAUGAGGAACACCUGAGAGUUCAGCUGGAAACCAUCCAAUCAGACCUCAACGCACCGACACAGUUCAAGGGGCGACUGAAUGAACUCAUGUCUCAGAUUCGGAUGCAGAAUCAUUUUGGAGCUGUUCGUUCAGAAGAGCGUUACCGUGUUGAUGCCGACCUGCUGAGAGAAAUCAAACAGCAUCUGAAGCACCAGCAGGAGGGUUUGAGUCACCUGAUCAGCGUCAUUAAAGACGACCUGGACGACAUCAAGACGAUUGAAGACGGGCUUCACGACAGCGUUCACGGACGCAGCAGCAAACUCAGCUGAAGCAUUUACACUCAUAUACUCAUUUACACACUUAUUUUUACUUACGUGUGUGAUUGUGUGCCUUCGAUCAGCUGGAAUGUUUUACUGUGUCUGUGAUUGAUUAAUAAAGCGUCACUGUUUGAA